CAGUCUCUUCCCAAAGCAACACACAGGAUGGCGCUUGGUUGGGCAGUGCUGUGGCUCAGCCUCUGCUCUGGACUGUCUACUGCAUCCAAUGUCACGGUUCAUGCAGUGACCAAAUUACCAGUAGUUACAGAACUGAAAACGUCCCACGACGACCAGUUCUGCAGCACAUGGGGAAACUACCAUUUCAGGACCUUCGAUGGCAAUUUCUUCCAGCUUCGCUCCAACUGCAACUAUCUCCUGGCAUCCAACUGUAAAGGCAGCUACGAGGAUUUCAACAUCCAACUGCAGCGGCAGGACAUAGGCGGCAUGGCAGCCAUAAAGCGGGUCACGAUGAGGUUGAAUGGAGUGGUAGUGGAACUGUCCAGCUCAUCCAUCGUCGUCAACGACCACCUGGUGGCACUGCCUUUCAGCCAGGUUGGCAUCUCAAUCGAAAGAACAUUCUCCUACGUUAAAGUCGAGGCAACGAUGGGUGUGGUUGUCAUGUGGAAUGAAGAAGACACAAUCUGGGUUGAGUUGGAUGCGAAAUACAAGAACCAGACUUGUGGCUUGUGUGGUGACUUCAAUGGAGAUCAGGUUCAGGAAUUAGGGGACAUCGAGGACGUCGGGGAGGCCUGGAAAACCAACGGUCCCACUGAAAACUGUGAUGAAACGUUGUCUCCUGAGCCACAGAUCUGCUCCAAAAUUCAGAGAUCCAUCUGUCAGAACGCCAUGUCGGGACCUGCUUUCCACAGCUGCGAAGACUUAAUAAACACGGACGCUUUUGUGGAAGCGUGCGUGAAGGACUUGUGCAACUGUAAUGGCUCCAGUCCGUGUCUGUGCUCCACCAUGUCCGAGUACUCGCGCCAAUGCGCUCAUGCGGGAGGGGAGCCACAGGAAUGGAAUGCCCAUAUAUGCGCUAAAAAAACAUGCCCACUUAACAUGGUGUACAAAGAGUGUGGGAGUCCCUGCACGGACACCUGCAGCAACCCACAGAGGAGUGAAGUGUGUGAGGAACACUGCGUGGAUGGAUGCUUCUGUCCACCUGGGACCAUCUUGGACGACAUUGGUGGAAGUGGGUGUCUGCCUGUGGACCAGUGCUCUUGCGUACACAACGGUCAGCAGUACAAACCCGGAGAAUCGUACUCAAAGGCCUGUCAGUCAUGCACUUGUACUCAGGGUGAAUGGAGGUGUAGUGACAUGGACUGUCCUGGUAUGUGCUCCGUCCUGGGAGGCUCCCACAUCGCCACCUAUGAUGAAAAGACAUACAGUUUCCAUGGCGACUGCUCCUAUGUUUUAACAAGACAGGUGAAUGGGACCUUCACUGUCCUAGGGGAACUUGUCAAAUGUGAAAAAUCGGAUAAAUCAACUUGCCUGAACGCAGUCGCUCUGGUGCUGCCACAAUCCCUGGUGGUUGUCGUGGAAACAAGCGGCCAAGUUUUGGUCAACAAACUCGUUUCUCAGCUGCCUCUCUUCACGGAUGACAUAACAAUCUUCAGCCCCUCCACAUUUUACAUUGUGAUCCACACGGUCUACGGGCUUCACCUGGAGAUCCAGCUCACGCCCAUCAUGCAGGUGUACAUCAAAGCCGACGUGUCCCAUAAAGGCAAACUCCAUGGACUUUGUGGGGAUUUUAACAAUGUCGAAGUGGAUGACUUCAAAACCAUAUGUGGAAUGAUUGAAGGGACGGCUGCUACAUUUGCCAACUCGUGGAGGGCCAAAGGAGGAUGUUCAGACGUCAGCAAAUCACUCGGUGACCCCUGCCUUUUGAGCGUUGACAAAGAGAAAUAUGCCAAUCACUGGUGCUCCUUGCUGACCAACACAACUGGGGUGUUUUCCAAGUGUCAUUCAGAGAUAAACCCAGAAGAAUAUUUCACUUCCUGUAUCUACGACGCAUGUGCCUGUGAAAACAGCGAGGACUGCAUGUGUGCUGUCAUGUCUUCCUAUGUUCAUGCAUGUGCCGCCGCUGGUGUCUCCUUGAGUGGAUGGCGGGAGGUGGCGUGCAAAAAAUACACGACAACCUGCCCUUCCACUUUCGUGUUUGACUACCACAUGACAAGCUGUGGCCGCACAUGCCACUCUCUGAGUAAGGCGGAUUUAACCUGUGAGGUGAAGUUUACGCCCGUGGAUGGCUGUGGCUGUGCGGAGGGCACUUACCUCAACGAGAGGGGGGCAUGUGUGCCAGCGUCCCAGUGCUCCUGCCAUGUAGGGGACAUGGUUGUGCGGCCCAAGCAGACCAUCAGGGCUCAUGGACAAAUUUGCUCCUGCCAUAGUGGAAAAUUAACCUGUGCAGGAAACCACACAACUGAAACCUGCAGCGCGCCAAUGACUUUCUUCAACUGCUCAAGUGCAAAGCCAGGUGAUACGGGGUCAGAGUGCCAGAAAACCUGCCAAACUUUGGACACAGAAUGUGUCAGCUCACAUUGCGUCUCAGGCUGCGUCUGCCCUGCUGGUCUGUUGUCCGAUGGUAAAGGAGGAUGUAUUGAGGAGUCCCAAUGUCCCUGCACGUACAAUGGACAAUCCUACCAGGCUGGACAGACUGUCAAAGUGGACUGCAACACCUGCACUUGCAAAAGCAGACAAUGGCAAUGCACCGAACAGCAGUGCGAUGGAACCUGCACAAUAUACGGGGAAGGCCAUUACAUCACCUAUGAUGAGAAGAAAUUCUCCUUCAAUGGGGACUGUGGUUACGUCUUCACUCAGGAUUACUGUGGGGACAGUAAGGAGGGCACCUUCAGGGUCCUGACUGAGAGCAUUCCAUGUGGGACAAGUGACAACGUCUGCUCUACUGCCAUCAAACUCUUCCUAGGGAAAAAUGAAAUUAUCCUUAAAGAGGAAAAUGUCAAAGUUAUCAAACAAAACAAAGGGUUAGACAUACCCUAUAAAGUCCACACUAUCGGUAUGUAUGUUGUCAUUGAGGCAAAGAAUGGACUUGUUCUGAUCUGGAAUAAAAAGACGACGGUCAUGAUUAAACUUAGCUCCACAUUCAAGGGGAAAGUUUGUGGUCUGUGCGGAAAUUACGACGGUAGCGUCAAAAAUGAUUUUACUACCAGAAACAAAGAGGUUGUGGUGGACGCCUUCAAGUUCGGAAACAGCUGGAAAGUGUCCCAGAGCUGUCCCAACACAAACGCGCUAAAAAAUCCCUGCGUGCUGUACUCAAACAGGCAGGCGUGGGCUCUGAAACACUGCAGCAUCAUCAAAAGUGAAAUAUUUGAUGCUUGCCAUUCAAUGGUGGAUCCACAGAAUUAUUACGAUGCUUGUGUAAAAGAUACAUGUGCCUGCAAUACUGGAGGAGAUUGUGAAUGCUUCUGCUCAACUGUUGCUGCCUACGCAGCCGCCUGUAAUAAGGCUGGAGCUUGUAUAAAAUGGAGAACACCCACUAUCUGUCCUGUAUUCUGUGAUUACUACAAUCCUAAGGGUGAAUGUGAAUGGCACUACGAGCCUUGUGGAAAACCAUGUAUGGAAACAUGCAGGAAUCCCUCAGGACAAUGCUAUACACAAAUCCCACCGUUAGAAGGCUGCUAUCCGAGGUGUCCCCCGGAACAACCGUAUUUGGAAGAAGAAACAAUGAAGUGUGUGUCUAGGGAAGACUGUGGAUGCUAUGAUGACGACGAGAAUCACUAUACAGAAGGAGAGAUAAUGCCUCAAACAGAAAACUGUCAGACGUGUAAAUGUAUUUCAACAAAGAAGGAGUGUACCUAUGAUGCCGAAGCUUGCACUUGCUCAUAUAAGGGGCAAAUAUACAAGUAUGGAGAAAUUGUAUAUGAUAUCCAUGAUGGAGAUGGAACCUGUAUUACUGCCUAUUGUGGAGAACAUGGAAAUAUUACAAGGGUGGUUAGGCCAUGCAGUUUUUCAACCACACAGCAGCCAACAACAACUGAAUUUGUGUUUGUGACAGAAAGACCGACUUCAACACCAGCAACCACAAUAGCCCAAACUACAACAACCAUAAAACCCAUCAAAACAACCAUCCAGCCCACAACAUUCACAGAAGAGCCCACCACCGUAACAACAACCACAGAAAAGCCAUCCAUACCAACGACUGUACCAACAAACCCAACUACAGUUACCACCACAACCACAAAAAACCCAACAUCAAAACCAUCUGACUGUCUUGUUUGUCACUCUUCACCUUGGAUCAACAAUCAUUAUCCUGACUUAUCCCCUGACGGUGGAGAAUAUGAAUCAAUUGGCAAUAUAACCAAUCCAAAUUUGAGUGAAUGUGAGCAACCACUUCAAAUAGAAUGCAGAGCAAAACAGUACCCAGAUUUAUCUUUGGAUGAACUGGAUCAGAAAGUAACAUGUAACCCUACAGAUGGACUGAUCUGUCAUAACAAAGACCAAGGCAUCCCUCCAAUUUGUUACGAUUAUGAGAUACAACUCAAAUGUUGCAUUAAUGAGUGUGUCACACCAACCAAGGUUACAACUACAAGUGAAACAACACCUGCAAUGACAACAGAAAAAUCAAUUUCUACUGAAGCCACAACCACAGAAAAGCAUACGACUAAUACCAAAACAACUACUGCACCCACAGAAACAACCAAAAGUACAGAAGUACCAACAACAACAACCACAGUUACAGAAAAACCUACCACAACAGUUACGCAAAAGGCCAGUACUACUGUUGCUGUAACCACAGAACACCCCACAACUGUGGCUGCCACAACCAACCAAGCCACUGAACGUCCCACUACAACUACUGAAAGACCAACCACAUUUACAGAGUUCCCAAGCACAACAACUGAACGACAAACCACAACAGUUGCAGUUACAGAAAAACCCAGCACUGCAUCAACAGAAAAAAUAAGCACCAUUGCUGCAACAACAGAAAUACCAACCACUGUCACAGAAAAUCCCACAACUACAGAGAGACCAACCAUUGCCACUGCAGUGGUAGAAACAACCACAGCCUCAGAAACGAUUGGAACAACCUUGACUACAGCCAAAGUCACAGGAAAAUUAACUACAGUGCCUAGCACCACAGCCAGAACCACAGAAAAACUGAGUACUGAAGUUACGGAGAAGCCAACCGUAGGAACGACAGAAAUGGUAGCCACAACAAAGCCUAAAAUAACAUCCACAGAAAGUUUUACUACAACCGCAGUCACAGCAACAGGAAAACCCAUCACGACAACACCUGAAGUUGUUACAUACACGGUUGUUACACUCGCACCAUCGACAGGACCUUUAGUCUCAUCAGCAACUAAAGCCCCAACUACUACAGCAAAACCCAUCAAAACAACCAUCCAGCCCACAACAUUCACAGAAGAGCCCACCACCGUAACAACAACCACAGAAAAGCCAUCCAUACCAACGACUGUACCAACAAACCCAACUACAGUUACCACCACAACCACAAAAAACCCAACAUCAAAACCAUCUGACUGUCUUGUUUGUCACUCUUCACCUUGGAUCAACAAUCAUUAUCCUGACUUUACCCCUGACGGUGGAGAAUAUGAAUCACUUGGCAAUAUAACCAAUCCAAAUUUGAGUGAAUGUGAGCAACCACUUCAAAUAGAAUGCAGAGCAAAACAGUACCCAGAUUUAUCUUUGGAUGAACUGGAUCAGAAAGUAACAUGUAACCCUACAGAUGGACUGAUCUGUCAUAACAAAGACCAAGGCAUCCCUCCAAUUUGUUACGAUUAUGAGAUACAACUCAAAUGUUGCAUUAAUGAGUGUGUCACACCAACCAAGGUUACAACUACAAGUGAAACAACAUCUGCAAUGACAACAGAAAAAUCAAUUUCUACUGAAGCCACAACCACAGAAAAGCAUACGACUAAUACCAAAACAACUACUGCACCCACAGAAACAACCAAAAGUACAGAAGUACCAACAACAACAACCACAGUUACAGAAAAACCUGCCACAACAGUUACGCAAAAGGCCAGUACUACUGUUGCUGUAACAACAGAACACCCCACAACUGUGGCUGCCACAACCAACCAAGCCACUGAACGUCCCACUACAACUACUGAAAGACCAACAACAUUUACAGAGUUCCCAAGCACAACAACUGAACGACAAACCACAACAGUUGCAGUUACAGAAAAACCCAGCACAGCAUCAACAGAAAAAAUAAGCACCAUUGCUGCAACAACAGAAAUACCAACCAUUGUCACAGAAAAUCCCACAACUACAGAGAGACCAACCACUGCCACUGCAGUGGUAGAAACAACCACAGCCUCAGAAACGAUUGGAACAACCUUGACUACAGCCAAAGUCACAGGAAAAUUAACUACAGUGCCUAGCACCACAGCCAGAACCACAGAAAAACUGAGUACUGAAGUUACGGAGAGGCCAACCGUAGGAACGACAGAAAUGGUAGCCACAACAAAGCCUAAAAUAACAUCCACAGAAAGUUUUACUACAACCGCAGUCACAGCAACAGGAAAACCCAUCACGACAACACCUGAAGUUGUGACAUACACGGUUGUUACAUUCGAACCAUCGACAGGACCUUUAGUCUCAUCAGCAACUAAAGCCCCAACUACUACAGCAAAACCCAUCAAAACAACCAUCCAGCCCACAACAUUCACAGAAGAGCCCACCACCGUAACAACAACCACAGAAAAGCCAUCCAUACCAACGACUGAACCAACAAACCCAACCACAGUUACUACCACAACCAAAGAAAAAACAACAUCAAAUCCAUCUGACUGUGUCGUUUGUCACUCUUCACCUUGGAUCAACAAUCAUUAUCCUGACUUAUCCCCUGACGGUGGAGAAUAUGAAUCAAUUGGUAAUAUGACCGAUCCAAAUCUGAGUGAAUGUGAGCAACCACUUCAAAUAGAAUGCAGAGCAAAACAGUACCCAGAUUUAUCUUUGGAUGAACUGGAUCAGAAAGUAACAUGUAACCCUACAGAUGGACUGAUCUGUCAUAACAAAGACCAAGGCAUCCCUCCAAUUUGUUACGAUUAUGAGAUACAACUCAAAUGUUGCAUUAAUGAGUGUGUCACGCCAACCAAGGUUGCAACUACAAGUGAAACAACACCUGCAAUGACAACAGAAAAAUCCAUUUCUACUGAAGCCACAACCACAGAAAAUCAUACGACUAAUGCCAAAACAACUACUGCACCCACAGAAAAACCCAAAAGUACAGAAGUACCAACAACAACAACCACAGUUACAAAAAAACCUACCACAACAGUUACGCAAAAGGCCAGUACUACUGUUGCUGUAACCACAGAACACCCCACAACUGUGGCUGCCACAACCAACCAAGCCACUGAACGUCCCACUACAACUACUGAAAGACCAACAACAUUUACAGAGUUCCCAAGCACAACAACUGAACGACACACCACAACAGUUGCAGUUACAGAAAAACCCAGCACUGCAUCAACGGAAAAAAUAAGCACCAUUGCUGCAACAACAGAAAUACCAACCACUGUCACAGAAAAUCCCACAACUACAGGGAGACCAACCACUGCCACUGCAGUGGUAGAAACAACCACAGCCUCAGAAACGAUUGGAACUACCUUGACUACAGCCAAAGUCACAGGAAAAUUAACUACAGUGCCUAGCACCACAGCCAAAACCACAGAGAAACUGACUACUGAAGUUACAGAGAAGCCAACCGUAGGAACGACAGAGAAGCCAACCGUAGGAACGACAGAAAUGGUAGCCACAACAAAGCCAAAAAGAACAACCACAGAAAGUUUUACCACAACUGCAGUCACAACAACAGGAAAACCCAUCACUGUUGUUACAUUCAAACCAUCGACAGGACCCCUAGUCACAUCUGCAACUAAGGCCCCAACUACUACAGCAAAACCCAUCAAAACAACCAUCCAGCCCACAACGUUCACAGAAGAGCCCACCACCGUAACAACAACCACAGAAAAGCCAUCUAUACCAACAACUGUACCAACAAACCCAACCACAGUUACUACCACAACCAAAGAAAAAACAACAUCAAAUCCAUCUGACUGUGUCGUUUGUCACUCUUCACCUUGGAUCAACAAUCAUUAUCCUGACUUAUCCCCUGACGGUGGAGAAUAUGAAUCAAUUGGUAAUAUGACCGAUCCAAAUCUGAGUGAAUGUGAGCAACCACUUCAAAUAGAAUGCAGAGCAAAACAGUACCCAGAUUUAUCUUUGGAUGAACUGGAUCAGAAAGUAACAUGUAACCCUACAGAUGGACUGAUCUGUCAUAACAAAGACCAAGGCAUCCCUCCAAUUUGUUACGAUUAUGAGAUACAACUCAAAUGUUGCAUUAAUGAGUGUGUCACACCAACCAAGGUUGCAACUACAAGUGAAACAACAUCUGCAAUUACUACAGAAAAAUCCAUUUCUACUGAAGCCACAACCACAGAAAAGCAUACGACUAAUGCCAAAACAACUACUGCACCAACAGAAAAACCCAAAAGUACAGAAGUACCAACAACAACAACCACAGUUACAGAAAAACCUACCACAACAGUUACGCAAAAGGCCAGUACUACUGUUGCUGUAACCACAGAACACCCCACAACUGUGGCUGCCACAACCAACCAAGCCACUGAACGUCCCACUACAACUACUGAAAGACCAACCACAUUUACAGAGUUCCCAAGCACAACAACUGAACGACACACCACAACAGUUGCAGUUACAGAAAAACCCAGCACUGCAUCAACAGAAAAAAUAAGCACCAUUGCUGCAACAACAGAAAUACCAACCACUGUCACAGAAAAUCCCACAACUACAGGGAGACCAACCACUGCCACUGCAGUGGUAGAAACAACCACAGCCUCAGAAACGAUUGGAACUACCUUGACUACAGCCAAAGUCACAGGAAAACUAACUACAGAAGAGCCGAGCACCACAGCCAAAACCACAGAAAAACUGACUACUGAAGUUACAGAGAAGCCAACCGUAGGAACGACAGAAAUGGUAGCCACAACAAAGCCAAAAAGAACAACCACAGAAAGUUUUACCACAACCGCAGUCACAACAACAGGAAAACCCAUCACGGUUGUUACAUUCGAACCAUCGACAGGACCCCUAGUCACAUCUGCAACUAAGGCCCCAACUACUACAGCAAAACCCAUCAAAACAACCAUCCAGCCCACAACAUUCACAGAAGAGCCCACCACCGUAACAACAACCACAGAAAAGCCAUCCAUACCAACGACUGUACCAACAAACCCAACCACAGUUACUACCACAACCAAAGAAAAAACAACAUCAAAUCCAUCUGACUGUGUCGUUUGUCACUCUUCACCUUGGAUCAACAAUCAUUAUCCUGACUUAUCCCCUGACGGUGGAGAAUAUGAAUCAAUUGGUAAUAUGACCGAUCCAAAUCUGAGUGAAUGUGAGCAACCACUUCAAAUAGAAUGCAGAGCAAAACAGUACCCAGAUUUAUCUUUGGAUGAACUGGAUCAGAAAGUAACAUGUAACCCUACAGAUGGACUGAUCUGUCAUAACAAAGACCAAGGCAUCCCUCCAAUUUGUUAUGAUUAUGAGAUACAACUCAAAUGUUGCAUUAAAGAGUGUGUCACGCCAACCAAGGUUGCAACUACAAGUGAAACAACAUCUGCAAUUACAACAGAAAAAUCCAUUUCUACUGAAGCCACAACCACAGAAAAGCAUACGACUAAUCCCAAAACAACUACUGCACCCACAGAAAAACCCAAAAGUACAGAAAUACCAACAACAACAACCACAGUUACAGAAAAACCUACCACAACAGUUACGCAAAAGGCCAGUACUACUGUUGCUGUAACCAUAGAACACCCCACAACUGUGGCUGCCACAACCAACCAAGCCACUGAACGUCCCACUACAACUACUGAAAGACCAACCACAUUUACAGAGUUCCAAAGCACAACAACUGAACGACACACCACAAUAGUUGUAGUUACAGAAAAACCCAGCACUGCAUCAACAGAAAAAAUAAGCACCAUUGCUGCAACAACAGAAAUACCAACCACUGUCACAGAAAAUCCCACAACUACAGAGAGACCAACCACUGCCACUGCAGUGGUAGAAACAACCACAGCCUCAGAAACGAUUGGAACUACCUUGACUACAGCCAAAGUCACAGGAAAACUAACUACAGAAGAGCCGAGCACCACAGCCAGAACCACAGAAAAACUGACUACUGAAGUUACAGAGAAGCCAACCGUAGGAACGACAGAAAUGGUAGCCACAACAAAGCCAAAAAGAACAACCACAGAAAGUUUUACCACAACCGCAGUCACAACAACAGGAAAACCCAUCACGGUUGUUACAUUCGAACCAUCGACAGGACCCCUAGUCACAUCUGCAACUAAGGCCCCAACUACUACAGCAAAACCCAUCAAAACAACCAUCCAGCCCACAACAUUCACAGAAGAGCCCACCACCGUAACAACAACCACAGAAACGCCAUCCAUACCAACGACUGAACCAACAAACCCAACCACAGUUACUACCACAACCAAAGAAAAAACAACAUCAAAUCCAUCUGACUGUGUCGUUUGUCACUCUUCACCUUGGAUCAACAAUCAUUAUCCUGACUUAUCCCCUGACGGUGGAGAAUAUGAAUCAAUUGGUAAUAUGACCGAUCCAAAUCUGAGUGAAUGUGAGCAACCACUUCAAAUAGAAUGCAGAGCAAAACAGUACCCAGAUUUAUCUUUGGAUGAACUGGAUCAGAAAGUAACAUGUAACCCUACAGAUGGACUGAUCUGUCAUAACAAAGACCAAGGCAUCCCUCCAAUUUGUUACGAUUAUGAGAUACAACUCAAAUGUUGCAUUAAAGAGUGUGUCACGCCAACCAAGGUUGCAACGACAAGUGAAACAACAUCUGCAAUUACAACAGAAAAAUCCAUUUCUACGGAAGCCACAACCACAGAAAAGCAUACGACUAAUGCCAAAACAACUACUGCACCAACAGAAAAACCCAAAAGUACAGAAGUACCAACAACAACAACCACAGUUACAGAAAAACCUACCACAACAGUUAUGCAAAAGGCCAGUACUACUGUUGCUGUAACCAUAGAACACCCCACAACUGUGGCUGCCACAACCAACCAAGCCACUGAACGUCCCACUACAACUACUGAAAGACCAACCACAUUUACAGAGUUCCCAAGCACAACAACUGAACAACACACCACAACAGUUGCAGUUACAGAAAAACCCAGCACAGCAUCAACAGAAAAAAUAAGCACCAUUGCUGCAACAACAGAAAUACCAACCACUGUCACAGAAAAUCCCACAACUACAGAGAGACCAACCACUGCCACUGCAGUGGUAGAAACAACCACAGCCUCAGAAACGAUUGGAAGUACCUUGACUACAGCCAAAGUCACAGGAAAACUAACUACAGAAGAGCCGAGCACCACAGCCAAAACCACAGAAAAACUGACUACUGAAGUUACGGAGAAGCCAACCAUAAGAACGACAGAAAUGGUAGCCACAACAAAGCCAAAAAGAACAACAGAAAGUCCUACUACAACCGCAGUCACAACAAAAGGAAAACCCAUCACGACAACACCUGAAGUUGUUACAUACACGGUUGUUACAUUCGAACCAUCGACAGGACCUUUAGUCUCAUCUGCAACUAAGGCCCCAACUACUACAGCAAAACCCAUCAAAACAACCAUCCAGCCCACAACAUUCACAGAAGAGCCCACCACCAUAACAACAACAACAGAAAAGCCAUCCAUACCAACAACCAUCCCAACAAACCAUACCACAGUUACAACUGAGAAGAUAACAACACAUGUAAUGACAACAAAAAAGGCUAGCACUGCUGCAGCCACGACAGAAAAGCAUACGACUAUCACCAAAACAACCAUUACACCCACAGAAAAACCCACCACAGCUACAGAAGUACCAACAACAACUACAAAAAAACCUACCACCACAGUUACACAAAAUGGAAGUACUACUGUUGCUCUAACUACAGAAAAGCGUACAACUAUUUCUGCCACGACCAACCAGACUAGUGAACUACCUACCACUACUACAGUAAGGCCAACACGAGUUACAGAAUUGCCAAGCACAGCAACAGAGAAACAAACCACAACUGUUGCAGUAACAGAAAAACCCAGCACAGCAUCUACAGAAAAAAUAACUACCGUUGCUGCCACAACAGAAAUACCAACAAUUGUCACAGAAAAUCCCACAGCUACAGAGAGACCAACCACUACCACCACAAUAGUAGAAACAACCUCAGCCUCAGAAACUAUUGGUACUACAUGGACUACAGCCAAAGUCACAGAAACAUUAACUACAGUGACUACAGAACAGCAUAGCACCGCCCCCAAAACCACAGAGACGCUGACCACGAAAUCUACAGAAAAACCCACCAAUGUUACUACAGAAAAUGUAAAGACCACAGUCAUAACCACAGCAGAAAUGUUUAGUACAACAGCUGCCACCAACACGCAGGCAACACAAAAGCCUUCGACAACUUCUAAGUCUUCGACAGCAGGCCAAACCACUCAGUGCUUCUGCAAAUAUUUGGGUCACAUUUUCUAUCCUGGGACUACAAUUUACAAUAAAACAGAUGAGGCAGGCUGGUGUUUUACAGCCUAUUGUAAUAUGACUUGCCAUGUUGACAAGUAUAUCGGACUGUGUCAGUCAACCACUCCGCCAAGUCCUACCACCACCUUAACUACGCCCGCAAUAACGACGCAAGUUAUCUCUACAACCGCCAGUACAGCAGCUCCUCCUAAGGAUUGUUCCUACCUUGACCCACCAAGGAAGCAUGGUGAAACGUGGAUUCCAAACAACUGCACCAUAGAAAUGUGUGACGAUGGAAAAGUGCUAUCAGAACACAAGCCAUGUGAACCAGUAACCAUACCAGUGUGUGAAAAUGGUCACCCCCCAGUGAGGGUUUAUGAUGAAGAUGGUUGUUGUUUCCAUUACGAAUGCAAAUGUGUUUGCACUGGCUGGGGAGAUCCACACUAUGUCACAUUUGAUGGUCAAUACUACAGCUUUCAGAAAAACUGUACCUACGUUCUGGUUAAAGAGAUCAUUCCUAAACACAAUUUGAAAGUCCUGAUUGACAACGAAAACUGUGACGCCACUGGAGAAGUUACCUGUGCUAAAAGCUUGAUUGUGUAUUACAAAAACUACGAAGUGGUUCUCACACAGGAGAGGAUCCCAACCACAGUAAACAUGGUGUACGUCAAUGGCAAGAAAGUCGUCCCAACUUACUCCAACGAUGACCUUAUCAUCACAAGUAGUUCAAUAGAACUCCUUCUAAGAAUCCCUGCGAUCGAUGCAAUUGUGAUGUUCAAGGGCCUUUUAUUCAGCGUCGAUUUGCCAUACUCCCUUUUCCACAACAACACAGAGGGACAGUGUGGAACAUGUGACAAUUACAGAAAGAAUGACUGCAGAUUGCCUGGUGGUCAGAUUGAUGCUUCUUGCCCCGAUAUGGCUCAUGAGUGGAAUGUACCAGACAAGAACAAACCAUACUGCAAUAAGUUGCCUCCUCCAACGACACCACUUCCAACACCAACACCACCAACCUGCAAACCAAAAAUGUGUGAAAUAAUAAUCAGCAAGCUCUUUGAGGAUUGCCACAAAGUCAUCUCACCACAAUCCUUUUAUGAGGCUUGUAAAUUUGAUGCCUGCCAAAUGCCAAACACUACCGUGGGAUGCUCCAGUGUGGAGGCGUAUGCUAUGUUAUGUGCUGAGGCAUCAGCGUGUGUCGACUGGAGGGGUGCUACAAAUGGGAUAUGCGAAUAUACAUGUCCUGCAAAUAAAGUCUACAAAUCUUGUGGGCCGAUUGUUGUACCAACUUGCAAUGCAAGAUACAAUGACAAGUACACACAGGAAUGCCAGGGAGAAAAUAAUUUCCGGAAAUCAGGUUGUAAGGCAUUUGUGGAGGGAUGUUUUUGUCCACCUGGUACAACCUUGUUCAGUUCCAGCUCCAACCUUUGCGUCUCAUCUUGUUGCACUGGACCUGAUGGCCAACCAAAACAGUUAGGUGACACGUGGCAGAGUGGCUGCCAAGAGUGUGUCUGUGAUGAAGACACGCUCAAUGUGCAGUGUCAGCCUCGCGUGUGUCCCUCUCAAGCAUCCACAGUGUGUGACAAGGAGGGCGAGGUGUUGAUGAAGCGUACAGUGGACUGCUGCCAAACGCUGAUAUGUGAAUGUGAUCAAAGCAGCUGCCCACUGCCACCUGCAAUGUGUCCACUAGGAUUUGCAUUAACGAUACACGUCGCAAAUGAUAGCUGCUGCCCCUCCUAUGAUUGCGUUCCCAAAGGUGUUUGCGUUUUCAACGACACAGAGUACAAGCCUGGAAUGCAAUUUUCCAAAGAUGCAUGCGAGACUUGCUUUUGUACCGGAGCUCAAGAUCCAGAAAGCAAGUUGAACGUGGUGGAGUGUCAUCAGAAUCUGUGCUCCGUUCAGUGUUCAGAGGGUUCUGAGUAUCAAAGUCAACCUGGGGAAUGUUGCGGCACAUGUAAAAAGACGAGCUGUCUUGUUGAGCUCCCAGGCGUCGUUCCAAUCAUUAUCAAGCCUUCUCAGUCUUGGUGGCCACCAAAUGACAAUUGUACCAGGUAUGACUGCCACAAGGUGAAGGAUGACAUCAUCACCUCCAUUAACCAAACCCAGUGUCCUGACUUUGAUCCGGAGAACUGUGUUCCUGGAACAGAACAAAAUGACAUCAACGGUUGUUGCAAAACAUGUACUCCUCGUUCCAACUGCAAAAUGAGCAGGAACGCCACCUACUUGCAGAUAAAUAAGUGCAAGUCAGUAGUGCCAGUGGAGGUAACAAUCUGCGAGGGAUCCUGUGGCCCGUCAACAUCAAUGUACUCUUCAGAGAGCAACAGCCUGAUGCACUCUUGCUCCUGUUGUCAAGAAACGGCUACAAGCAAGAAGGAAGUGGAGAUGGUUUGCUCUGAUGGCAGCAAGAAGAAACACUCCUACAUUUCCAUUGAAAAGUGUGGCUGUCAAGCAGCACAAUGUCAAGGAAACACGCCAGAGUAAUGAUGUCAUUAUGACAAAUGACAUAAGAAUUUCAUUCCAAUAAACAUUUUCCUGUUGCAAUGUUGUUUUUACUUUGCAAUGUCAAAAACUGCCAAGACACAUACAGUGCAUCCGGAAUGUAUUCACAGCGCAUUUGACUUUUUCCACAUUUUGUUAUGUUAUAGCCUUAUUCCAAAAUGAAAUACAUUCAUUUUUGUCCUCAGACGUACGGAGAUGGUGAAUGGACGAGGUCAUUAUGAAUGUCUGGAUAUGAGAGAUCAGGCAGGUGAUUUUAGCAUACUUCUCGCUAAAAGGUACGGAUCCGUUGUGCCAACAAGGUUCAACUUCUCUCGGUAACGUUUCUUGGACUCUUCAUCCAAAUGCACAACUUCAUUGGAUAGCAAAUCAGCCAUAAUUGGGAUGAAAUCGGUGAAAAUGUAGCGCAGAAAUCCAACUGAAUCUGUACGAACACGAGCUG